AAAUCUGCAUAACAUACACUGUUUCUGAAAGAUAACAACAAUUUGUCAGCCUCUCUACAAGAUGCAAGCAAGAAAGAUUCUUUCAAGUAUAGCAAUAGGUAUUCACAGGUCUCCUAGGGUUCUUUUUGAACACCAAAAACGAAGGAUAGCUGAUUCAAAAAGAAGCAAUUCACACAAGCUACAACGUUUUGUGUCAUCUCCAAUGGAUAUGCAGAGUGUCACUAAUGUUCCAGGCAUUGGUCCUACAUAUGCUGGAAGACUAGCCCAUAAUGGUAUUACCCAUGUAUCCCAGCCAAAUGUAUGUGAUUUAUGUACAAUGUCAGAGAAACCAAGCACAGUUUGUUAAUCGGCUUAAUCAACUAACUGGAGGACAUCAAAACCACAUGAUCUUUACAUACAAUAGUUUGAAUGAAUGGCACAAACAGAGAGUUUUCUGA